CUUUCACAUCAUUUUGUCGCGGACGGGAAAAUUUUUUGGUUGCAGUGGAAUUGAUUGUUUUUUGUUUUGUGAAAUUCUUAUUGGAAACUAACAAGAACUAAAAAAAUUAGCGAACAGUGUUGAAUGCAACUGCUGCAUUACCACUGCUAGCGACGGCCAAAAGUAGCCGCAACGCCGACAGUUUCUGGCAAAUCGCUCACAAAUUCACAGCACCGAACUAAGCGAAAAGCGAGUAAAAAUUAAAAAAAAAAUCAAAAACAAAAAAAAACAACAACAAACAGCAUGUCUUCGGUUACACAGCAUACGGGCAAUCAAGCGGUGCCGCAGCAAAAUGGUAAACAACAGUCAAAUGCUACUGGCACCGGUGGCGGUGGUGCAGCCACCACUACCAACAACACACAUGACAAAGUGAGCGGCGGCAAUGGGACAGCGGGCAAUGGUGGCGGUGGCGAGAACUCGAAUACGCAAUCUCAACAAAGUCCCACCAAAAAGACAGGUCUAUCGACUAAGGAGCGCGUCAUUGACAGCGUGCCGUUUCCGCCGAGUCGCAAACUAACAGUGGCCGACGUAUUUGAUGCACGCACUGGCAAGCCACAUCAUGACGUACUCAAGCAACACUUCAUACUUGAGGGACGCAUCGAGGAGGCUGCCGCUCUGCGCAUCAUUCAAGAGGGCGCCACACUGCUGCGCCAAGAGAAGACCAUGAUUGAUAUUGAGGCACCAGUGACCGUUUGUGGUGACAUACACGGCCAGUUUUAUGAUUUGAUGAAACUAUUCGAAAUUGGCGGCUCACCCGCCUCCACCAAGUAUCUCUUCCUGGGCGACUAUGUGGAUCGAGGCUAUUUUAGUAUUGAGUGCGUCUUGUAUUUGUGGUCACUGAAAAUCACCUACCCGAAUACAUUAUUCUUGCUGCGUGGCAAUCACGAAUGCCGUCACUUAACAGAGUACUUCACUUUCAAGCAAGAGUGCAAGAUUAAAUAUUCGGAACGGGUGUAUGAUGCUUGCAUGGAGGCUUUCGAUUGUCUACCCCUAGCGGCACUAAUGAACCAACAGUUUCUGUGUGUCCAUGGCGGCUUGUCACCCGAAAUUCACGAGCUGGAGGAUAUACGCCGUCUGGAUAGAUUUAAGGAGCCACCAGCAUUCGGUCCAAUGUGUGAUUUAUUGUGGUCAGAUCCCUUAGAAGAUUUCGGCAAUGAGAAAAAUUCGGACUUUUAUUCGCACAACUCGGUGCGCGGCUGUUCAUAUUUCUACAGCUACGCUGCCUGCUGUGACUUUUUGCAAAACAACAAUCUUCUAUCGAUUAUACGUGCGCAUGAGGCGCAGGACGCCGGCUAUCGUAUGUAUCGCAAAAGUCAAACCACUGGAUUUCCCUCACUAAUAACCAUCUUCUCGGCACCCAAUUACUUGGAUGUGUACAACAACAAAGCGGCAGUGCUGAAGUAUGAGAACAAUGUGAUGAACAUCAGGCAAUUCAACUGCUCUCCACAUCCAUACUGGCUUCCGAAUUUCAUGGACGUAUUCACAUGGUCUUUGCCAUUUGUGGGCGAGAAAGUAACCGAGAUGUUGGUGAAUGUGUUGAAUAUUUGCUCGGACGAUGAACUUAUGACGGAGGAGAGUGAAGAACCGCUAUCCGACGACGAGGCGGCGUUACGCAAAGAAGUCAUACGGAAUAAAAUUCGUGCGAUCGGUAAAAUGGCGCGUGUAUUCUCAGUGCUACGUGAGGAGUCUGAAUCUGUAUUACAAUUGAAGGGGCUCACACCAACCGGUGCACUGCCAUUGGGUGCACUAUCCGGUGGCAAACAGUCAUUGAAGAAUGCGAUGCAAGGCUUCUCACCCAAUCACAAGAUCACUUCGUUCGCCGAAGCCAAGGGACUGGAUGCGGUGAACGAACGCAUGCCGCCGCGACGCGAUUCGACGCCAUCGCCAGCUGAGGAGGGACAAAAAUCAUUGUCAGCUGCCGCUGCUGCAGCGGCGAAUGCCAAUGCUAACGCCAAUGCGAAUGCAAUCAAUGGAUAAUUCUAAGUCCACAGUGUUUUAGUAGAUAUGUAGGCCAAGUGCCCGCACUCAACGUUACGUUUCAUAACAACAUUGUAUUUGUACUACGGGUAGUAAACAGUAAACGGUCAAGCGGAAAGCCAGCCAGAAGAAAAUAUAUGAUAAAUGAGAACAAAAGGAACGUAACUCUUAGGUUAAGGAAAGAAUUCAAAAAAAAAAAACAGAUUAGGAAAGAAAUAUCAAAAUGCAAGUUGAAUGAAUCGUGGAGUUGUGUCAAAAGUAUAACAGAAACAAAUAGAGAAUUAAACACGCAAAAACAAAAAAUAUAAAAAUAAAAAAAACAAAAGAUGAAACAAAGCAAAUGAAAAGAAAUGCAUAGAAAAUUAAAUAAAUAUAUCUCGUCGUUGUUAUAUCUUCUCGUCCUACUUUUGAUGCACGGUGGUUGUACGCGCGCGAAUCAAACGAAAGUGACUCGAACUACUCUAUACGCAUUCGCAACCGAGAUUGCGUGUUCGCAACUGUAUUGGUGAGAUCAUCAUCAGAUGGUUGUAUUUGUAUUUGACAAGUGAAUACGAGUGUACGCCAAGCUACUGAGCAGUUGAAGUAUGUGCAGCUGCACAUACGCACCUAUACAUGCAUACACACACACCUGCAUAUUGUACUUAUAUAUGUACGUGCAUAUGCUGGUUUAUGGAGUAACGAGGCGUGGCGCGACGCUCCUAGCGACCGUCGUGCUUCACGUAAUGUUGGCGUAAACGCCGUGCACACUCAUCUGGUGAUCGUUUUGUGGUCUUAUACGUGCCAUCUUCAUUAUAGUCAUACAUACAUACAUAUGUAAUUGCUGCCUUUAUUUCUGUUCGCUCGGUCAUUAAAUUUUCCUCUAAGUCAUAAUAGGCAUUUUACAAAAAUGCUGAGAAAAGCGAUUCAUAUUUGUUUUGUAGUUGCCAUAUAGUUAACAAUUCUGUAUGUACAUAUGUACAUCUGUAUAUCCUCAAACUUAGCUUUCAGUGAUGCGAAAUUACUAUCUAUAAGAUAGGUGCAUACUUACACGCCUGUAUAUACCUAUUUUACGUUCUUGCGCAAGAGAAGAGAAAAUUCAACUUUUGCAUAAAAAGUUAACUUCAAUGUAGACUGAAUUUUCGUGCUAAUAAAUGUAUCUACAUUUCACUUUUUAUGUA